AUGGGUCUCACCCAGGAACAGACUGACAUCAUCAAGGCCACCGUGCCUGUGAUCAAGGUGCAUGGCAAUGCUGUUACCAGCGUCUUCUACAAGAACAUGCUCGCCGCGCACCCUGAGCUGAAUGCCAUCUUCAACUCAUCCAACCAAGUGAACGGCCACCAACCCCGCGCCCUCGCCGGCGCUGUCUUCGCCUACGCCGCCAACAUCGACAACCUUGGUGCUCUCGGCCCCGCAGUCGAGCUCAUCUGCAACAAGCAUGCCUCCCUCUACAUCCAGCCCGAGCACUACAACAUCGUCGGCAAGUUCUUGCUCGAGGCCAUGGGCGAAGUCCUUGGUGACGCCUUCACCCCCGCCAUCAAGGACGCGUGGGCCGCCGCUUACUUCCAACUCGCUGAUAUUAUGAUCAACCGCGAAGCUGCCCUCUACAAGGAGGCCGACGGAUGGACCGAGUUCCGCGAUUUCCGCAUUGCCAAGAAGGUGCCUGAAUCUUCUGAGAUCACCUCCUUCUACCUCGAGCCUGUUGAUGGCAAGCCCCUUCCCUCUUUCCGUCCCGGACAAUACAUCUCCGUUCAACUCUUCGUCCCCCAACUCAACCACCCUCAAGCCAGACAAUACUCUCUCAGUGACAAGCCCCGCUCCGACUACUACCGGAUCUCUGUGAAGAAGGAGGCUGGCCUUAAUGCCACCGAACCGGGUGCCGAAGCCCACCCUGGCCUCGUGUCUAACAUCCUGCACGAUCUCAAGAAGGAAGGCGACAUCAUCAAGGUGUCGCACCCCCAGGGUGACUUCUUCCUGUCCGAUGCGGAGAAGCAGAGCUCCAGCCCCAUCGUUCUCUUGGCAGCCGGUGUGGGUCUGACCCCGCUCACCUCGAUCCUGAACACCCUCCUUGAGACCGAGUCUGAGACACAGCGCAAAAUUUCCUUCAUUCACGGCGCUCGCACCUCCGCCGCCCGUGCCUUCAAGCCCCAGAUCCGUGAGCUGGCCACCAAGGUGCCUAACUUGCAGGCCUUCUUCUUCACCAGCCACCCGGCUGCCGAGGACAAACAGGGUGAAGACUACGACUUUGCCGGUCGCCUGGACCUGAGCAAGCUGGAUUCCAAGAAGGACCUGUUCCUGGACGAUGCCACAACGCAGUACUACGUGUGUGGUCCCGAGUCGUUCAUGCUGGACGUGAAGGGCAAGCUGGCCGCUGAGGGCGUGAGCGCGGAUCGCAUCAAGAUGGAGCUGUUCGGCACUGGUGGUGUGCCCGCUUGA